CGAUACUCACAUGACAUGCGCUGAGUUAGGAACAGAACGGGGUACACAGGAGGUCAACAGGACGACCUUGCUGACAGCAACAAGAUGCCAUGCCUCAGUCUAGUGUUGAGGAGCUUACCGACCGCCUAGUAGCAGCCAUUGACCCUCAGGGACAUGUUAAGGACAUGGCAAUCGUGAGUGAGGUUGUGACAAUGUUGGAGACAAUGCACAUCACUGCCGAACACCUCAAGGCCACUCGUCUGGGGAAACACAUCAACAAUGUUCGUAGACAAUUGACCGAAUCAAACAAAUCUCUCGCUAAGCGGAUGAAAACUCUGGUCAAAUCAUGGCAGCAAUUACUCCAAGCCCGGCCCUCGGUAAUGAAUGGACUGCCUCCCACCCCCCAGCGAACGUCCACCCCUACAAAUCCCUCGAGGGCCAGCUCCCCCCUUGCACUUUAUACCACUGCCAGCCCCACACUAGCCUCUCCAGCUAAGAAAGAAGAGCCGACUUAUUCACCUGUCAAACCACACGAUGCUAGUAAACUCACGAUUACCAGUUCUUCCCCACAAACUGUCAGAGAGCUGUUCUCUGAGGGAGAGAAAGUUACCAACGGUGCACUAGCACAAGGAGUGGCCUCAGACCCAGCUAAGAAUCGCAGAAAACUGUUGAAAUUGUUAUCUAAAGUAAAGAAGCCAACACCACAACCAGCUGCAAGUGCUGGACCUACUAAUAUUAGUCAUGUGACUCCAACGACUUCUGCCACCACUGCAGAACCUAGCUCUAGUAAUCAACCCAUUAACACAUUCACAAAUAAUAACUUUAUAUCGAUUGAUGAUGAGAACGGGAGUAGUACUUCUAAUGGACGAGAUGUAUCAUUGAAACCAACACCUCCGCCUGUAGAAAAUGAAGAUUGUUCGUCUUUACGUGUUUGUCUCCCAAGGGGCACUAUUCCAAGGACCCCGCAGACCUCACGAAAAACUGUUCAUAAAAGGCAUAAACGAUUAAAACAAGACGUACUUGAUUCUUUGAGUGUAUCACUGCCUAGAAACUUAAUCAGAUUAAAAUCCCAACAAAUUCCGCCAAUUACCUCCGCUGAUUCACUUAACAUGGAGACUACUACUUUUGUUGUCAGUAUACCUAUCAAGUACUACACGAAAAAGAACCACUACUCAAGCGGUAAGAAGAUGAGAGACACUGUGGCAGUCCUAGAACCACCUACUGUGCCUGUUCGAUCCAUUAGCCCUGCCAAUCCUUCACGGAAGACUCUUGAGGUUAUUCUACCUACUGUGCCUGUUCGAUCCAUUAGUCCUACCAAUUCUUCACGGAAGACUCUUGAGGUUAUUCCACCUACUUUGCCUGUUCGAUCCAUUAGUCCUACCAAUUCUUCACGGAAGACUCUUGAGGUUAUUCUACCUACUGUGCCUGUUCGAUCCAUUAGUCCUGCCAAUUCUUCACAGAAGACUCUUGAGGUUAUUCUACCUACUGUGCCUGUUCGAUCCAUUAGUUCUGCCAAUUCUUCACAGAAGACUCUUGAGGUUAUUCCACCUACUGUACCUGUUCGAUCCAUUAGCCCUGCCAAUUCUUCACGGAAGACUCUUGAAGUUAUUGAGCAGCCUCAAAUUUUAAGAAUGCCUCACAAAACAUUAAAUAGUGAUACUCAAGAGUCAGAACCGAUGGAAGUGGAUGAUGUUCCACAGACCACUACCGAGGCUGCGUUGGAUAACACUACUGUGAACAAUCAAACUAGUCAUGAGGAUAAGGAGCCUUCCAUUGAACUAAGUAAAUACUGUUAUACUGAACCUGUUUCUAGCAGCGAACUAACCUCAGUGAUGCUAUUACCUUAUGUAUACAUUGAUGGUAUUACUGAUGAAAGUUUCUAAUUAAUUUUUGAUGAAAAUUGAUAAUUAUAUCGUUGCUUUUAAUUGUGUCUUUUGUGUCAAUCUGUUAUCACAUUCUUCGCUAAUUAUUAUUAUUAUAUUGACAA